UCUCAACUCUCGAGUGCAGCUUUGACAACAAUCCCAAACAUCAGACUCUGCAAGACGAAGAUUUUGAAAAAAAAGCAUUAUCGCAUUAGAAAAAUUUAAAAUAUAUUAGUUCUAUCGUUUAUCGUUGAGAAUUUCACUGUUCAUUAUCGACUGCAGCAAAACGGUGAUAGAGAUCUCGAUAAAACACGGAUAAAUAUGUGCUAGAAAAAGUGAGCUGUCGAGUCAAGUAAGUGAUUUCAAAGCAUAAGGUGAAACUCGAUCCGUCGUAAGUAGACAUCCAAAAUGUCGAUAAUGGACAGAAUCAGACAAUCGUACUGGGUCGAAAAUGUCCCCAGGAGAAACAUCGUCGCGACGCUGAUCGCUUCCUUCCUGUUCUUCUCCGGAUGGUGGAUUGCAAUCGAUACGGCGGCAGUGCAUCCCAAGUCAUGGGACUUUUCCUACUAUAUUUGCGGUAUUCUGGCCACGAUCAGCUUCUUCAUGGUUAAUUCCAUCUCCAACGAAAUGCUUCACGGCGGCGCCGGCUAUACCGGAGGUGUUCUCGGUGAGAGCGGAAUUAAAGUCUUCCUGUUUGUGGGCUUCGUGCUGGGCUUUGCCUCGAUCAUUGCCGCCAUUUGGAUCAUGAUUGCCGAGUUUGCCGUCAACGAUGAUAAAACGGAAAAAGGACCAGGCUACGCCCUAUUGGUGCAUAAUAUUUUCAUUUUCUUCUCGUCGAUAAUUUACAAGUUCGGACGCCACAGUGACGAUCCGUACGCGGCUGGAAUAUUUUAGGGAGCGAGCCAUGAACUGAGUCGCUACUUGCAAUUCGAUCAAAUGAUUCAAUUCUACGCCAGCAUUUCCGUUUUUUCUCAUUCAAAUUUUAGUUUUAUCCGAAGUACUUCUUAUGUAAAAGCCACGAAUAGUUGGCUUUAUCGUAUGAGAACAUUAUGUUGGCUGUUCUGAUUAGUAGGUGAUAUUUUAUUAUUUUAUUUUCAUCGUAUCAAAGUGAAAUAAUAAUAUUUUAUUUACAACUUUUGGGGUCUAUGUCGCAAACCGAGUCAAUCGCUCGACUGAUAUCGAUAAUACGAAAAAAUGACUCAAUUUUUGCGAAUUGAUCUAAAUCCUGCAAAUCGUGUUGAUUCUAUUACUUUAUGAAACAUCUGCUAGCUGCAGAGCAUGAAAAUAUUACACUAAUCCGAAGCGAAUAAAGUAACGAUACUGUAAUUAUUGAAAUCUUUUUUUUUUGGAAUAUGUAAAAUAUAUUAAUCCUAAAAUAAAGCUCUAUUGAAAUAAACGUAAGUAAUUAGAAACUGUAUAA